AUGCCUCGUCCUUCUGUCAGUGUUUACUGCUUGUGGGGAACAAAAAUGAAUCCUGAUAGCUAUUUAUCUGAACUUGCAAAAACACGCAAGUGUAUAUUAACACAGAGCCCCCAAGAAGCUUGGAGGAAACCCUACCAUCAAUGAGUCGGAUUUUGUUCAGCUUGUUGUAGACAGCUCGCUAAGAGAGCAUAGCAGGAUAUCCUAGUUCCUCGAUAGCUUUUAACCAGACCGGCUAGCAACGUCGUAUACUAGCGAUUAGCUAUCAGCAAAUAGCAGUCAAUGACCAGGUAACAUUAUUAGUGCUUUGAACAUCCAACUCGCGUUGUGUGACAUUGUCAGUACCAUGAACCUGCUACGCCUCGUGUGUCGCCACAAGACGGCCCUUGCCAUCGGAGGUCUGUGCAUGUUUGCAGUGGUCCUCCUCUUCCUUGCCAAGUGCACCUCAGAGACCCUAAAACGGGGGCAGGCUGACCCCCCCGGGCUGGCCCCCCAGGCCCACAGUGCCCUGCAGACGCGCCCAGACAACCCCAACCCCCCCUUGCGCCCCAAAGAUCUGUCUGCCUUCCUGGUGGUUCUCAUCACCACGGGGCCCAAGUACACAGAGCGCAGGAGCAUCAUCCGCAGCACCUGGCUGUCCCGACACGACUCAGAGGUCCUGGCCAUGUUUGUGGUGGGAACUGAGGGCCUGUCUGCAGAAGAGCUGCAGAACCUGAACACGGAGCAGGGCCGACACAAGGACCUGCUGCUGCUGCCGGAGCUGAGGGACUCGUACGAGAACCUCACCCUCAAGCUGCUGCACAUGUACUCCUGGCUGGACAACCACGUGGACUUCAAGUUCGUCCUGAAGGCGGAUGACGACACCUUUGCCCGCCUGGACCUGCUGAAGGAGGAGCUGAAGGGCCGGGAGCCCAGCAGGCUGUACUGGGGCUUCUUCUCCGGUCGCGGCCGCGUCAAGACGGCGGGAAAGUGGCGUGAGAGCGCCUGGGAGCUGUGUGACUUCUACCUGCCGUACGCACUGGGCGGAGGGUACCUGCUGUCGGCCGACCUGGUCCACUACGUCCGCAUCAACGCCGCUUACCUGAAGAUCUGGCAGAGCGAGGACGUGUCUCUGGGGGCAUGGCUGGCGCCCGUGGAUGUGCGGCGGACCCACGACCCUCGCUUUGACACAGAGUACAAGUCCCGGGGCUGCAGCAACAAGUACUUGGUGACUCACAAGCAGAGUCUGGAGGACAUGCUGGAGAAGCAUCAGACCCUGCAGAGGGACAGCCGUCUCUGCAGGGAGGAGGUCAAGCUCAGGCUCUCCUAUGUGUAUGACUGGGGCGUCCCCCCCUCGCAGUGCUGCCAGAGGAAGGACGGGAUCCCCUGACCCUCACCCACCCUUCACCUUGGUAGGUCUGCGACCCGGGCCCCUACGUGCAGCUCGACCUCUAACCCUGUCCCCUACAUGUCCUGUGGUGAAGGCGUCCUGUAAUCUCUUCCUCCAUCUGAGUUUGGGUUCAGAGUACAGCCUGAGUGUCCUCCAGUGUGUUGCCUAGAGUGUAGGACUGGACUUGGGCCUGGUCAUGUGUUUUCCCCAGACUGUGAAGUGAGAAGUGUUCUCUUCUGGUGUUCAACUCACAACCCCGUGUUCCUUUUUGACAUCCACCUUUGACCAUCAUUUUCAGUUGGCGUCUCAAGAUUCCAGGUUUGAAGAAACGAGCAACCAAAUCAGAUAUUUGUUAUGUUUGUAAACGUGUCUAUUUAUUGAUUAUUUAUUUUGGACCUUUGACUACAACAUACUGGUACUGGAAUGAAAGACUUGAGUUACAUCCCGUAAAAAAGAACCUGCCUGUAUCCAUCCUGCAUAGACUCACAGGAACCUACUGAAUACGCUGAUGGGUGGAAGGGGACUCAGAGCAGCUGCAGGUCUGGCUGUUUUGUAGCUGAACUUAUUGUGUAUUUAUGUCCAGGCCUAAUAUUGGCAGGAUUCAUUCCUUAAACAUUUCCAGCGUGUUUUUACAGUCUUUGACAUUUACAAUACAUGCGGUAAAUGUGUUGGGUUAACGUAGUACCAGAGUCCUGAGAUCUGGCAGUUUGUGAUUUGGUGCGCUCGGACAUGCCUGCCAGGGUGUUUACAGAGUAUUGUCUGUGUGUGUUUUUUCAAACGUUUUUACAACUUGUGUAUGGGUUGGAUGUGUGCACAAGUCCUAUUUGCCCCUCCUGUGUCACUGGAAGGUUGUUUUAUAACAUGGACAAAGAAUAUAGAACUGAGCCCUGACUGGCACUUUGCGACUUUUCAAAAAGCCAUUUCAUAAAAAUAAAUCACACAAUAUUUCAUGUUAUGCUUGUAAGUAUUCUCCCUGCAAUUUAUAUAUCCUAAAACACAUUAUUUGUAGUAUGCUGGCAAGAUUUCAGCUGAUAAAUAAAAAACUCCAUUCCAUUUCAGUUGUUUUAAAAGAACUGUAUUUAGUGAAGGCUGAGGGGAACAUGACGAUCAGGGUUGCACACUGUCAGCCCUACUGAAUGUUUUAUUAAACUGUUUUCAAAAAGUGUAAAUGUUUUAUCUCAUUCAGGCAAGAUAAACACACACACACACAUAAAAACGAGUAAACCUUUGUCCAAUUAUUUGUGCAAAGGUUGGGAGUCAUCAUUACAUGUCCCCACAUACCUGUCCAGAUGCAGCUAGCAACAUACCUGUCCUGAUGCAGCUAGAAACGUACCUGUCCUGAUGCAGCUAGCAACAUACCUGUAUUGAUGCAGCUAGCAACAUACACAUACCUGUCCUGAUGCAGCUACCAACGUACCUGUCCUGCUGCAGCUAGCAACAUACCUGUCCUGAUGUAGCUAGCAACAUACCUGUCCUGAUGCAGCUGGCGAUAGAAGACGAUGUCUUGAUGCAACUAGCGGAAGACUGCGUUGAAUCAUGUACCACAUUUUUCACAAGUAACUUCUUACUAUAAAAAGGGCCUUAAGCAACAAUUUCUAAGCAAACUAAAUAGGUAGAUAUGGAGAUAAAAGUAUAUGUUUCUGUGUGCUAAAACUACAAUGAGCAGCAGGGGCGGUUCUACUCAGGGGCCUACAGGGGCCAGUGCUCCUGUAAAAAUGUCCCAGGACCCCCCUGUGGCCCCCUUUAGCUGACUGAAUAAAAAAGAAGUUUUUCUUCUAGUAGUCAUCAUGAAACUAGGAAGGGACAUUGAAGCCUUUUUUGCCCCCAUAAAUAACAAAUUUAGAGAAACAUAUCAAGGUGUUGAGAGGGCUGAGGAGCUGGAAGAGGGAGAGCCAGGGCCGUUUGUAUGAU